UAACUUCAUCUCAUCACAGCCAACUUCAACAAUAUUUCAAACCAUCAAACACGCACUUUCCCCUUGAUAAACCAUGGCAGCUGCUACAAUGGCUCUUUCUUCCCCUUCUUUUGCUGGACAGGCGGUGAAGCUCUCGCCAUCUGCCCCAGAAAUCUCUGGAAAUGGAAGGAUCUCUAUGAGAAAGACUGCUGCCAAGCCUGCCGCAUCUAGCAGCCCAUGGUACGGUCCAGACCGUGUUAAGUACUUGGGCCCAUUCUCCGGUGAGUCCCCAAGCUACUUGACCGGUGAAUUCCCAGGUGACUACGGGUGGGACACCGCUGGACUUUCAGCUGACCCAGAAACCUUUGCCAAGAACCGUGAACUCGAGGUGAUCCACUGCAGAUGGGCUAUGCUUGGUGCUCUUGGAUGUGUCUUCCCCGAGCUCUUGGCCCGUAACGGUGUUAAGUUUGGCGAGGCUGUGUGGUUCAAGGCCGGAUCCCAAAUCUUCAGCGAGGGUGGACUUGACUACUUGGGCAACCCGAGCUUGGUCCACGCACAGAGUAUCUUGGCCAUCUGGGCUUGCCAAGUUGUCUUGAUGGGAGCUGUUGAGGGAUACCGUGUUGCUGGUGGACCUCUUGGUGAGGUUGUUGACCCACUAUACCCUGGUGGCAGCUUUGACCCAUUGGGCCUUGCUGAAGACCCAGAGGCAUUUGCUGAGCUCAAAGUAAAGGAGAUUAAGAACGGCAGACUUGCUAUGUUCUCUAUGUUCGGAUUCUUCGUUCAAGCCAUUGUUACCGGAAAGGGUCCAUUGGAGAACCUUGCUGACCACCUUGCAGACCCUGUUAACAACAAUGCCUGGUCCUACGCCACAAACUUUGUUCCCGGAAAUAAGUUUGGCGAGGCUGUGUGGUUCAAGGCUGGAUCCCAAAUCUUCAGCGAGGGUGGACUUGACUACUUGGGCAACCCAAGCUUAGUCCACGCACAGAGUAUCUUGGCCAUUUGGGCUUGCCAAGUUGUCUUGAUGGGAGCUGUUGAGGGAUACCGUGUUGCUGGUGGACCUCUUGGUGAGGUUGUUGACCCACUAUACCCUGGUGGCAGCUUUGACCCAUUGGGCCUUGCUGAAGAUCCUGAGGCAUUUGCUGAGCUCAAAGUAAAGGAGAUUAAGAACGGCAGACUUGCUAUGUUCUCUAUGUUUGGAUUCUUCGUUCAAGCCAUUGUUACUGGAAAGGGUCCAUUGGAGAACCUUGCUGACCACCUUGCAGACCCUGUUAACAACAAUGCCUGGUCCUAUGCCACAAACUUUGUUCCCGGAAAAUGAAUAUCAUAAAACAUUCUUAAACUUAGAUUGUUUUAUGGCCCUGUAAAGUUGUUAUGAUCGUUGACAAUAGAAUGAAUUUUUGUUUAUCUUC